UAAAUAAUAUGUAGUUAUAGUAGCGAAACAAAUUGUUAAUUAUAUUAGACCAGCUGACAUAACACUGCGAGCAAACUUUCAAUUAACUUGCCGUUCGCAUGAUAACACACAGGUAACACAAGCACCAUUUACCGCUGUGUUCGAGUCGCGUCUUUUAAUUCUAAAAUAACUCUGGAGAAGGUGCACAUGCCGAAUUGGGAAUCACAAAAAUGUAUGUUAUCGCGCGACGACUGUUUUGGUCUUUUAGUCGGUGGGCCUACGUAAUGCUACCGAAAAUUUAAAAGAUUAAAUAAAACUUAUGCUUGAAUAAAUGUUUGCUCUCUGGGUAAAUGUGCUGCUUGCACCGUUUCGCCACUUUGGUUUCGCUUUAUGGUUUUGACGUUUGUCAAUUGGAACUGCACAUGUAGUUCAACAAGUUCAACUGAUUUAAAUAGUGGUGAUAAUACAAGAGAUAUUCAUUAUAAUACGAUGGUGAUUUCCAUUAACCAGUUUUCAACGCAAGAUCAUUUCAUUGGAACAUGAUGAGUAGUCUCUAUCCAUCGUGGUGACGAAUUGAGUCAAGUGUAAAAACACAUGAAGUGAUCGUGACAUUUUUUUAUAGUGUAGACUUUUUUCGAAUUGUCGUUUUUUGUUUUUUCAUUUCUCGAAAAACAUCUGGCAUCUCUGUAUUUCACUGUCACUACAAAGCGAAGCCGGAAAGUUGUUUUAAUGGAAUAAUUUUUCGUUGGGCUGUUUUUUACGCACGAUAAAUGCAAAACCGUGAAAAAAAUCAAGUGUCUUUACAUUACCGUGGUCCGGAUUUUCUAAAACAUCGAAAUGGAUGAAAAUAUUCACAUAAAGAUGGAAGAACCCGUUACGGUAAAAGUGGAAGAAGUUAUGAUAUCUGAUAUUGCGAGUAUGGAACCUGAACCGUUAGCAGAAUAUAAGGAGCAACUUACUGCUGGUGAAGAGGUAGGACUAAUGGCGUCUGCUUCGCCCAGCUAUUCCACCGUUGUUGUGAAACAAGAACCUUCCCUGGAUAGCCUUGCUGAAAUGGAUAUAAAAGAAGAUCCUGAAUUAACAACAGUUCUGCCUGAUGGUGAAAAGGCAACUUCCUCCAGAUCAAGGGUGGCCCACGCAAAGAAAAAUGUCAAAUCUUACAGUGAAGCAGAUUUGCAACGUUGCAUGGAUAGCGUUAAACGCAACGGAAUGACCGUUUAUUCGGUCUCCAAAAAAUAUGGAAUUCCUGUAACAACUCUGCGCUUCCGAUUGAGCGGAAAAUGCAAGAGGCUCGGUCGAAGAGGACCCCAACCUGUGCUAACAACUGAGGAAGACUCUAACCUUGUAAGGUGGCUACAGGAAAUGCAGCAAAGAGGGUUUCCUGUAGUAAAACAAACGCUUUGCUACAAGGUCAAAAACAUCUUAGAUUUCGUAUCAAGGCCGAAUCCAUUCAAGAACAAUAUACCAGGACGAAAGUGGAUAUCCAACUUUUUAGACCGACAUAAAGAAAUCACUUGGUGUACAACGAAAGAGACAUCGGACAUUGGUGGCUGGUUUACAAAGAUGGCAUCAUACCUUAACGCGUCUGGCCAGUUGGACAUUGUUUCUGAUCCUUCGAGAGUAUUUAGCGGAGAUGAAACGUAUUUUUCUGUUCAUCCCAGAACGAGAGCUAUUGCGGUAACUUCCAACAAGAACGAGGCUUACGAGAAGGGACUCACCAGUAAAUACAACUACAUAACCGUUAUGUUCUCGUUCGGAGCAAAUGGCAGUUUGGUACCACUCAGAGUAAUUCUUCCAGCUAAGCAUGACGGUGUCAAAGUACGACGCGGCUUGUCGAAGGAGUGGAGUGUCGGAAAAAGCGACAAAGGAUGGCUCGACUUUUCUAACUUUCUACUCUACAUUAGAAAAGUGUUCCAUCCUUUUCUCCGUGCGCAACAAGUUCAGCUGCCGAUAAUUUAUUUUAUUGAUGGUCACUCGUCGCAUAUAGCAGUUAAAGCAGCGGACAUCUGUUUGGAAUUGGGAAUAAUUUUGGUAGCACUCUAUCCCAACCCAACAAAAAUCACACCAUCAGCGAGUGGAACAAUUUUUAAUCCACUGAUUGAUGCUUGGCAAACAAUUGCGGAUAAAAGCAAUAAAAGUAUCACCAUAGAUCAGCUCGGAGUAACUUUGCAAAGCGCAAUAGAUUUAGGAAUUAGUGAGAGCAGCAUUAAAAAUGGCUUUCGUGUAUGUGGCCUUUAUCCUUUCGGUACGGAAUUCGUAGAAGUAAGCCAAUUUGUUGAACGCGGCUUAAGCGUUAAGGUUUCCGGGAAACCUAACCCGCCACCACCAGACGAAACCGUGGUAAUUUCAAGGGAAACAAUUAGAGAAUGCUUGAAUUGUAUCGGUUUUGAACGCUUACGAAGAAUCACGACGCAGGAUGAUUUAACUGAAGAGGAGCGAAUUAUCUUGACGAUAUACAACAGACUCUUGAAGGCACAUGAUAGCCAAGAUUCACAACCGAGAGCGUGUGUUGAAAUCAACAACGGAGAAAUGGCAGUACCGGAGGAGAAUUCUCUGUUGCACGGAUUGAAUGGUUCAGAUAAUCGUGAAUUUGAGUUUGUAGAAUUUAUGGUCAAAGAAGAACCGAAUGACGUUUCAGAGCCAACGAGUGAGAUCUCGGAAAGUUUGCAGGCGAAUUUUAAACGUGACUCUAGUAUCAGUCCAAAUUCCACCUAUACGUCUAAACGAAGUAGGAAACACUGAAUUUGCAAAUAAAUUCUCAUUCUAAUAGAGGGGAUGCGAUUAGGUGAAUGUUUUUUUAGAGAAGAGAAAAAAUCAAUGAUAGAUAAUUUAAGCUAACGUACAUUCUAUCAUUCUAUUCUAAUUUUCUAUCUUUCGAAAACUUACCAGCAAAAAAAUGCAUCAUUUUUUUAAAACAAAAUUAUUUGGUACCAAGACGCAUGACCGAGGGCAAGGAACCAACUGAUUUGUUGAUUUUUUAAGCUUGAAGGGCCAAUAUUUAGCUCUACGUCCGAAUGAGCGAUAGCGAGUAAGGAAAACAGACAGCAUACGUGAUAGUGUAAAUACGAAAACAGAAAAGAUACCAAAUGAUUCGGUUAAAAAAAGGGGUUUUCUAAAAGAAUUGAUUAUCGCAGAUGUGAAAGGCUCCUCUGAAUUUAAUUUAAGUUUCCCACACUGUAUGUGGACAAUUUUUUCUUAGAAUUUUUCUGUACUUUCUUCUC